CUGUGUAUUAUGACGUCAGGUGACGGAGUUCUUGAAAGCGCCGUCUGGAGACAGAGCUAGCCCGGAGCGGCCGGCAGUAUACAUGAAGCUUCAGUGUCAUACCUGAUAUGACAGACCCGGACGUCCUCACUGAAGUCCCAGCGGCUCUGAAGCGCCUUGCCAAGUAUGUGGUGCGUGGUUUUUAUGGCAUUGAACAUGCUUUGGCUCUGGACAUCCUCAUCCGGAAUCCCUGCGUAAAGGAGGAGGACAUGUUGGAGCUGCUGAAGUUUGAUCGGAAGCAACUGCGGGCAGUUCUUAACACCCUCAAGGGGGACAAGUUCAUCAAAUGCAGGAUGAGAGUGGAGACAGCUCCGGAUGGCAAAACCACCCGGCACAACUACUACUUCAUCAAUUAUCGCCUGCUGGUCAAUGUGGUGAAGUACAAGCUGGACCACAUGAGGAGGAGGAUUGAGACGGACGAGAGAGAUUCCACCAAUCGUGCCUCCUUCAAAUGUCCUAUUUGUUUCAGCACCUUCACAGACUUGGAGGCCAAUCAGCUGUUUGAUCCCAUGACAGGAACCUUCCGCUGUACGUUCUGUCAGAAUGAAGUGGAAGAGGAUGAGUCGGCGAUGCCCAAAAAGGAUGCACGGACUCUUGUGGCAAGGUUUAACGAGCAGAUUGAGCCCAUCUACGCACUGCUACGAGAGACAGAGGACGUUAACUUGGCCUAUGAAAUCCUUGAGCCAGAACCCACAGAGAUUCCUGCACUGAAACAGAGCAAAGAACGUGCUGCUGCUGCUGCUGCUGCAGGGGCAGCUGGCCUAGCAGGUGGAUACCAUCGGGAAGCAUGGACAACAAAAGGGCCAUCAUACGAGGACUUGUACACCCAGAAUGUCGUCAUCAGCAUGGAAGACCAGGAGGAUCUUAAUCGGUCAACAAAUGAAGGGAAGCCAACCAGAGAGAGGCCAAUUUGGCUGCGGGAAAGUACAGUGCAGGGGGCUUAUGACCCAGAUGAGAUCAAAGAUGGUGGUCAAGAUAUGGAUGCGUUUCAGGAACGUGGGGAAGGCCGCGCGACUCUGGACGAUAACGAGGAGGUGAUGCGUGCCCUGCUUAUCCAUGAGAAGAAAACCCCCUCUGUCUCUGCAGCUGGUGUCGGGGGGGCUGCUCCCUUAGCCAGCGGCAAUGCCAGCGACUCUGAGAGCGAUACCAGUGAAUCAGAGGAGGAAUCUCCACCCCGCCUGCCUGCUGCCACAGCUACACUCUAUGGCCUCGAGGAUGAAGAGGAUGAGGAGGAAUUUGAAGUGGUGGCAGAGGACCCCACUGUCAUGGUGGCCGGACGUCCGUUCUCUUACAGUCAAGUGAGCCAGCGGCCUGAGCUGGUGGCCCAAAUGACCCCAGAGGAGAAGGAACUUUAUAUAGCCAUGGGGCAGCGUAUGUUUGAGGAUAUGUUUGAUUAACCCUUUCCCGCCACGACAGCUUUUAAAGGUGAAUUUUAACAGGAGACUCCCUAGUGAAACAAAAGACUGAACUGCAUCUCUCCCUUCCCUACAGUCUGUCAUGCAGGGGCUUGGGGCUUAGAACUGCUCCCUGACUAAAGGAACUGCUGAUCUUGGGCAUCCCACACAAUGGGGGGUGGGGGGCUAAAACUAACUGGGUGUGCCAAAAGGGGAGGGAGCAAAGGUGGGUGGUGGAGCAUGUGGAUAUUUUUUAAUCAGGACAGAAAGCUUGCAAGGUGAAGCUCCACUUCAGGGUUGCCCUCACUUGCUGCUGCUUUAGCCCAACAGCCUCCUUUCGCCUGAGGUUUAUUCUUUUUAUAGAAGGCCAGGGAACAGAUUCUGACGCAGUCCAGCUCCCUCCUCGCGGAGGACUUGGGUGCUCUGUGGUCUGAUCAGGCCUUGCUCCUCAGUGUUACAGAACAGGAGAGUGCAAGUGACACUGAGGGUCUGUGCGUUGGAUGCCGAGACAGGCUGUAGAUGCAGUUGCAUGUGGACAUGGUGCCUGAGCAGGGUUGGGCUGUAGUACCGGGCACAAUGAGGUUGUCGCUAACCCAUUGCAGAUGACUGCAGUGCACAGGGAUUUUUAUUUCUAAACAACCAUGUGAGCAGAUACCAUACUUGCUCCCUGUCCUCCUCGGUCUUCCUACAGGUCUCUAGCUAAACCUCUCAAUAGGGUUUGUAGCCCAAGCUUGCUCAGACUGAACUAUGUUGCUUAGAUUCAACCAUGUAUUUUGCCCAAGUUGUGUUUGAGAUUCUUUUCCAACACGGUUAGGAGCCCUGGAGUGGACAGCUGAUGGUGUUCGUUGUAACUGAGGAUGUAAAUGGGAGGCUGCUUUCUGAU